AUGCGAGUGCUGCUUCAAUACUUUUCCAUCUCCAUCCAGCAGAUCCAGAUCCAGGCCAUCAACAAAUCCCAGCUCGAGUUGAUGCGACGAAACGGCGGGAAUCCUCACCGACUCGGGGAACAGUCGCAGCCUCUUAGCUUUGUGAACCUACGGGCAAGGUGGGAGAACGCAAAAGACGACGAUGCCAUUUACAGAGCUCAGCAGCGCACAGAAGAGAGAAUCAACAAGGUGGCAGAUGAGAUGGGCCUUGCUUCGGGCUACAAGUACACGAACUACGCCAGCCAAUUCCAGGACCCGUUUGCUGGUUAUGGGCAGGCCAACAAGGAACGGUUGAGGUCAAUGGCUGACAAGCAUGAUCCAAGCGGCGUUUUCCGAGAACUCUCCCCUGGCGGCUUCAAGGUUACAAAAGGUGCCCCUCAGAUCCUCUGA